AUGGCCUCCAUGCCGUCACAAUCAAAGGCGGUGCGGGAGAGACACCACCGCGUGCUGUGUGAAUUGCUGCGGCUGGAGGAGAACCAGGAAUGCAUGGACUGCCAGGCACGGAAUCCGACGUGGGCAAGCACCAACUUGGGCGUCUUUCUUUGCUUGCGGUGCAGCGGACUGCACCGGCAGCUCGGCGUUCACGUGAGCAAAGUGAAGAGCUGCACCAUGGACUUUUGGGAGCCGGAGCAGGUCGCCUUUAUGCAGUCAAUGGGCAAUGUGAAAGCUAAGGCAAUCUGGGAGGCGAGGAUUCCUGCAGGCCACCGAAAGCCACUAGAGACGGAGGACUCCGAGCUGCUGUUCAAGUGGAUUCGCAUAAAGUACGAACAAAAACGGUUUUACAAACCUCCCGACGCCUCCGUACAGAAACAAGUGCGACCAGCAGCUAAAGCCGCGGCAACAGGGGUCUUGCAGUUGGAUGAUUUGCAACUACAGCCACGAGGAUCGAAGGAUAAGAACGUGAUGAAGGCGCAGAGUCAAGAAGGCAACAUGGGCGGUCCGCAGGAGCAGGGAACGCAGCGGCAGGGGACACAGUGCACUAGCCACAUGCCACCGGACCUAAUGCUUUUUGACACCGUGAGCAAAGUGUCGGAUUCAACAAGAAGUUGUAUGCCUGGUCUUUUUGGGGGAUUAUCCCACGCGACACGGGCACAGGCGCGGGGCAGCGCCUUUGCUUUUAUGUCGGCCACACCAAACCAGCCGGGGAGGGAUUUUACCGGAGACUGCGGCAGUUCUGUGACGCGUCACGCCGCGGGCAACCCCGUUGGUGUGGACACUUUUGGUUCUCUGCCUGAGUUGAAUGAGGACGGCAGGCAACAUCAUGACAUGCUGGAUGCUCUUUUUUUGGCUGAACACAUGCCGAUGCGGGGCGAAGAGGGGACAGUGGAGGAUCCCCGUGAGAGGCGUGUGUGGAGCCCUUUACUUCCUUCGCGAGCGAAUGGGUCAACUGUCGGAACUUUUUUUGACCCCUUUGAAAAAGUUUUUCUGGCCCGGUCGCCACCGGCCGCAACACAUCCACAAUAA